AUGGUUUCCUUCAAAAAGAUGAGCUCGGUGCUCACAUCGCGACUCGCCAACCGUCGCUUCGCCUUUGCUCUCGUCACAUUAGCAGUAUGCGCCGCCAAAGGCGUCCAUCUUGACAACCAUAGAUCAUCAGUAGCGCCCAAGCGCAUGAUUCUCUUCUUCUUCUCAUUCUUCACCCAGGAUAUACUUCUACUUCUCUUCAUUCGACUCCUCCUCAGCCACUGGACGCCUAGCUUUCCCGGCAAGCUACGAUUCUGCAUCACGGCGCUUGCGAGCUUUUUGAUAGCCUACAAUGCCGCGCUCGGCCUUGUCUCGGUGUCGUUUUACCUAGUCGCUGGUUCCGAGAUUCGAUGGCGCAACAUUGGGUUCAUCGCCGACCCUUCAGCCAGAGCGAUUAUGAUGUCGGGUCUCACAGCUUUCUUGGGUGUUUUGGCGCUAUGUCUUUGCUUGAGCGGCGUGCUUCAGAGUGCGUGCUAUGGGUUGUUUGGUUGGGGCGGUGAUAUCGUCAACUUUCCCUUCACUUUUAUCUGGCGCAAGCUUGGAUUCUUCGCAAGCGGUAGAAAGAGCUACGACCAACUUCCUCAACGAGAUUCUCUACCCCAAUGGAACGAGGGCAGUGAAAGUGGAUCGAGUCACGAAGAUUCAGAGGAUGAGUACAAGGGAAAAACCAGAUCGCCGACAUCACCACGACGCUCAUCAAGCUUUCCCACGGGGAGUACUUCAUCAAAACGCUCAAAAUUCAUGCGCUUUCUUCGCUUUCUGCCAUAUCCCAUCGUCACCAUUCUUUUGACGGCUCUGUUCACACUUACGCUUCUACGACCCAAGGAUCCUUCUCUCAUCUUUCUCUCGUGGACCACUGGGCUUUUGCCUUUCAUCGACUUUUCCUCGACAUCGUCAUUCCUCGAUAAUCUCCCCUCAGUCUUUGGCAAGGGGGUGCAACAUAGCUGGGACGACCUUACUGCUUUAACUAACCCCGCUCCUCUGGACUGGCUUCCCAAAGGCACACCAAUUGCUCCGGCUGAUGCACCUUCUGGCUUCGGAGAUUGGUAUAGCAACCAGCCCCGAUAUAACGCCAAAAACGACCCAUUGAAAAUCUCGAACUUGGAGGAUCCUCUACGAGAAUCUCUGCGGGGAAAGCUGCAGGAUAUCAAUGUUCGACACGUUGUCAUGUUUUUCUUGGAAAGCACCAGAAACGAUGUUUUCCCCAUCAAGAAGGACGGUCUAAUGUGGAAUCGAUUCGCCGACACGUUUCCUGACAAGAAGCUACCGAAGGAGGUUCAAGAUAAGUUGGCCAGUCUGACACCAACAGCGAACUUUCUCACAGGUGACUACGAGGAUGGAUUCGAACAUGCCGAUAAGCCCAAGCGAGGAGGAAUUCACUUUACCAACGCACACACAGCCGGAACCUAUACUCUCAAGAGCAUAACCGCUUCCAUCUGCGGCAUUUCUCCUCUUGUUGCAGACUUUAACCUCGAACACAGCCAUCACCUAUAUCAGCCUUGUUUACCGCAAAUCUUCAACGCCAUGAAUAUCGCCGAGACCAAGGAUGCCGAGAAGACGAAGAAGGACAAGUGGAACUCGUAUUUCUUCCAGGCUGCGACUCUUGACUAUGAUAAUCAGAUGAACUUGAUGGCAGCGAUGGGCUUCCCUACAAACCACACCAUUGGACGAGAAUAUCUUCGCAGCGAUCUUGCGAAGCAUGGCCCUGUCACGUUGCCCAACAUCAACGAGUUUGCUUUUGAGGAGGAUCCGUUGGAGGACUACAUUACCGAUAUUUUCGAGGACGCGGUCAAGGACAACAGCCGUGUAUUCCUCACUCAUCUUACGAGUACUAGCCACCACCGAUUCCACAUGCCCAAGACCGAGCCAUAUACGCCUUUGGCCAAGGGUCUCGAUAUGAUGUCCCGCUAUGUCAACACAAUCGGAUAUGACGACAAAUGGAUCCGAAAGGUCCUCAACGUCUUGGAAAAGCAGGGCAUCGCCAACGAGACGCUGGUCAUUUUCCAAGGCGACCACGGCACAUCACUACCGGAGAACGACUACGCAUCACCAUACUACAAUCCCAACAUCGGCGUCGACCACGUCCCCAUGAUCCUCUCACACCCGCAAUUACCUCCCUUCAACGUCGACGAAGCCGUCCACUCAACACAAAUCCUCCCCACAAUUCUCGACAUGCUCCUCGAAAGUGGUUCCCUCAGCGAAACAAGUCGCAAAGCCGCGACAGACUUGAUCGGCAACUACGAAGGCCAAUCACUCCUUCGACCCCUCAACACCAAGAACAAUUCCACAGGCCAAGGCCAGUGGCAAUUCACCGUGACGAACCCAGGACGGGCUAUGCUCACGGUCCGAGACGCGCUAUAUCCCGAUCGCCACCUCGUGGUGCCGGUUAUCGAGAACGUGGACUGGAGAUUAACAGAUUUGUCAAAAGAUCCUCUCGAGCACGAUUCGGUGCAGAGUUUGGACUUUACUGCUUUUAUACACGGCGUUGAUGAAAAAUACGGUCGAGAAAUGGCUGAGUGGGCUGAGGAGGGUGCUUUUGUUACGAGAUGGUUUGUCAAGGAGAAUAGCAGGCGUUGGCGGUUUGAGCUCUGA